UGUGAUGAUGAAAAUGAAUCGAGGUUAGGUUCUCUGAUUUUCCUUCCGUCGAUUUCUGAAUUGUUUUUGAACAGUAUUCAUAUAAAUUACUGCUUUUUUUGUUGUACUGUUCACUCUCUUAGUUUUAGUGCAAUUUUCAUUAGGUCAAAAGUGAAGCUGUGAAUAAGCAACAUUCUUCUAAAGGAGCUUUGAGCUUGGAAAAUGGCGGACAAAGAUGGGGCUGGUGGAGAGGGGGGCAUUUCGGAUCAGGAGCGUGAUUGGGCGCAGACUGCGCUGGCCGACUUCGGCCGAGGCCACUACUCGACCUGCCUACAGCUGCUGGCUCGGCUCGAGGCGGCUCGACCUCACGACAUCAAGGUUCUGCACAAUCGCGCCGUCGUCGAGUACUACAAGACUGAUCUGCGCAAGACCGACCUCUUCAAGAAGAACAUGAACGCUGUCUGUGCGCAGGCACAUGUGAACAUUGACGAUCUGGACUCAUUGGAAGAUGUGGAGCAUUGUGUCAUAUAUUACAACCAAGCAGUGGUGCUGUACCACCUCAAACAAUACAGCUCGGCUUUGAAGAUCAUGAAUAAGGUGUUCUCUUUUAUUGCGCCCAUGGAGGAGAGCCUGGCCCACCGCGUGUGCCUGCUGCUGGUUGAGCUGCACCUGUGCACGCAGCAGCCGGACAAGGCGCUAGCGCUGAUCGCCUACAUCGAGAACCAAUUCGUGUCCACCGAGAACGCAGCCCAGGGCAAGAUGAUUGCCGCCGCUGCAGCAGCCGACAACCAGAAGGAGGAGCCGCCCCUGCCGGUGACGUUGGCAGCCGUGGACGCAGCGACCGACGCAUUCCGCGUGAAGCUGCUGCAAUGCCGCGCUCGCUGCCUGCUCGCAACGUGCGCGCUGACUGCGUGCAAGCGCGACUUACAGUUGCUCGCCACGUGCACGCUGCCUGCCUCCACCACCUCGGCGCCACUCUUCCUCAACGCCAACCUGCACUAUCUGCGCGGCCAAUUUGACAAGGCCAUUGCUACGCUGCAGAGUGUGCCGAUUGACAACGCCUUACAGGUAUUCAAAGAGACAGGCGAAUCGCCGUCAGUGGCCUAUUACAACGACAUGGGCUGUCUGCACCACUACCUGGCCAAACCCAACCUGGCCAACUUCUACCUAAGCAAGGCGGUGGCCGAGAACAAGGCGGCCAUGGCGCUGGGGGCGGGGACAGGAGCCACAGGGGCGGGGCCAGGGGCGGACCCCCUGUCGGGACGGCCCCUGCACACGGUUGGCGGCAGCCGCGCCCCCCAGCUCAUGUACAACCUGGGCGUCAGUCUGCUGCAUGCUGGCAAGCCGCUGAUGGCCUUCGAUUGUCUCACCGAGGCUGUUCAGGUGUAUCACAUGAAUCCGCGGCUGUGGCUGCGUCUGGCCGAGUGCUGCAUAAUGGCGCAGAGACCCGACAACUCGGUCGACUUUGACUUCCAGGUGAAACGCAAACAGCUGAUUCAGGGCGUCGUCGGCUCCGGCCCGCAUCGCAAGGUCAUCCUCAAUCCGCUGGUAUUCAGCAACAGUCAUUACAGCUACGAAGCACAGUCGUUCGCAAUCCCGGUGGCUAGUCUGGAGUUCGCGUCACUGUGCCUGCGCAACGCCCAGCUGCUGGUGCCCGGGGGUCGUAUGGUCGGGGAGGAAGAGCGACCACUGCCUACUCCGCCAUCACCUCCCUGCGAUCCCCGCCACGUGCCGCAGCUGCGCGUCUGCAUCCGGGCGGCGGCUGCGUUUGUCGCGCUCGGCCUCGGUGAUCCGGUUCUGGCACUCGAACACGCCAAUGCCUUGAUUGCUGCCGCCAACGUUGCCGCGUCUCCCGUUCACAAGUUCUUGGGACACGUGUACGCGGGCGAAGCGCUGAUCCUGCUGGACCGGAUACAGGAAGCGAUCGACCACCUGAACCCGGAACGGUGUCCGGACAUGAAUGCGGCUGCGGCUGCGACCCGGCCGCUGCGGCCCUGGUGUCCGCAGACCACCGACACGGCCCGCUCCGUGCUCCAGUACAACCUGGCCGUAGCACUCGUCGUCAGCGGCCGGUACGAGAAGGCCGGUGAUCUACUCAAACAGGUGUGGCAGUCGACUGGAGGUGGAUCGAAAAAUAAUGUUCCUAUUCAUGUAAUCGCUUUGGCAAUGUAUGUAGAACUUCUUUUAGGCCAUGCAGAUGUUGCGAGAACCAUAGUCAAACAAAACUGCAUGCAGAGCCAACGAUGAAAGUCGAAUCAAACUGAAGACAUUUUAACUCUAGUUUAAUUCUAGUUCAGUCAUCCGUGCCAUGGGCACGCGUAUGUGUCAUCUGUAUUUGAACAGCUUGUGGUCACCUCUGUUGUUUCUCUGACACCCGGUUGCACAAAAGUCUGUUGACUUUUGAUCCCCAUUAAAUACCAGGAGAACCAAGUAGAGUAGCUUUCUUCUCAGAAAAACGUUCUCUAAUUGGGUUUCGUGAAAUUUAACAGGCUUUU